GGAAAUACGUCAUCACGUCGUUGAAACCUUCAGCUGUCAGACUUUGGCCACCCUAAAAGUGCAGGUUUUGUUAGCAAACUAACUCGAACUGUACAAACCCUCGCAGACUUUAUUUAAAGUUGUGCAUCCAUCUGCUGUCUGAUCUUUGUGCGCGUGAGCUGGUGAUUGGCGCACGGAGGUUGCACGAGGACGAACCGUUCCAGUUUUAAUCGCUGCUAGUUUUUUUUUUUUUUUUUUUUGCACAAGCCAGCGAUCCCGAGCGGGUGUAAGGCUAGAUGAAGGGAGGGAGGGAGUAAAAAAAAAAAGAAAAAAAAAAAAAAAAGGCAAAAGUCUUUGUGCUUCCCUUCCCCCUCAUCAAAGCAAAGGGGAAAUGUCUCUGUCCAAAGGAGGGAAGAAGAAGAACCCUGGGCUGAAGCUGGCCAAAGAAGUCUUUGCACAGCCCCAACCACCAGCAGCAGCGCCCCCUCGAGAUCUUGACUCGAAAGCUUGCGUCACAAUUGGAGAUCAGAACUUUGUGGUGAAGGCCGAUGACUUGGAGCAGAAUGAAGAGCUGGGCAGGGGAGCGUACGGGGUCGUGUACAAGAUGAAACAUGUGCCCAGUGGUGUUAUCAUGGCUGUCAAGAGGAUUCGUGCCACCGUUAACACUCUGGAGCAGAAGAGGCUUCUGAUGGACUUGGACAUUUCCAUGAGGACAGUGGACUGCUUCUUCACGGUGACCUUCUAUGGCGCCCUCUUCAGAGAGGGGGAUGUUUGGAUCUGUAUGGAGCUGAUGGACACGUCUCUGGAUAAGUUCUAUAAGAAGGUUACUGAGAAAGGCAAAAAUAUCCCCGAGGACAUCUUGGGCAAGAUCACAGUAGCAAUUGUCAAGGCAUUAGAGCACCUGCACAGUAACCUGUCCGUAAUACACAGAGAUGUGAAGCCCUCCAAUGUUCUGAUCAACACUCAGGGCCAAGUGAAGAUGUGCGACUUUGGCAUCAGUGGCCACCUGGUGGACUCUGUGGCCAAAACAAUAGAUGCAGGCUGCAAGCCCUACAUGGCGCCUGAGCGGAUCAACCCUGACCUCAACCAGAAAGGCUACAGUGUCAAGUCAGACAUUUGGAGUCUGGGUAUCACAAUGACUGAGCUGGCCAUUUUGAAGUUCCCCUACGACUCCUGGGGCACCCCGUUCCAGCAGCUCAAGCAGGUGGUGGACGAGCCGUCUCCGCAGCUGCCCGCCGACCGUUUCUCCCCAGAGUUUGUAGACUUCAUCUCCCAGUGCUUAAGAAAGAAGCCGAAUGAGAGACCUGCUUAUACAGAAUUAAUGCAACAUCCGUUUCUCACCAUGCAUGACUCCAAAGACACAGACGUGGCCAGUUUCGUCAAAGUCAUCCUGGAUGACUGAUGGGUGCGGGCCCCAGCCCAUCGGGUCAGGUGGGACCUCUCAGCAAACAAACCAAUGGCCUGCCUACCUUUUUUUUUUUUUUUUCUCUUUCUUUUAAACUCACUGGAAUGACAGACUCUCAAGCACCCACACACAAAGGGGGGUGACCCAAAGACUGAGUGCAGCAUUGGAGUGGGAGAGUGGUGGUAAUAUGAACUCUACAGUAAAAAAAAAAACAACAACAACUGGGGAGGUUUAAUUCGCUCCUCCAAAGCUUCCUGUGUGUGCGCGUGCAAUUAUUCAACAUGACAAAUAUGAACUGAACUAGAUUUGUUGUUUUCUUUUCUCUUUUUUUUUGCCCCGCAGACCCCUUUUUUUUUUUUUUUUUUUUAUCUCUUUCAGCCAGCCGUCAUUUCUAUAUGUGAAACAUAUUGUCUGAUUACUUUGAAUAUCAUCUGCAAAACCAACAGUUAAUGUGUAUCUUGUUGUGUAUUGAAAUCUAUAUUUGCAUACGUGUUUGUACGUUUUUCUCAUUAUACGGAGUUUUGAUACUGUGUGUCGUCGACAUGUGUGAAUUUUACCGGACUGGGGCCUUAUUUGUCAGAUCGCAUCAGUUGUUGCUCCAGAGCGAUGCUAAAACUUUUUAAGAAAUGUCAAAGGUCACAUUCUGUACGUGACGACGAGUUGCAAGUCCUAACGCAGGAAUGUAACGCAUCCCUUAUCACCUGAUCCGAUUGUGAUCCAAGGCGAGGGCCCCCCCCUACUCGUCGUCUUCUUUCUUGGGUAUUAACGAGUCGGCCUCAGUGCUGCCAUUGUUACUACCUGGAAGUAUUCAGAGGUUGCCUAAUCAAGCUCACAGCUUUAUCUCUUUCUAUGUGCCAUUUUGUAAAUCGUUCUCGUGAAUUACUGCAUUAAUUGUGUUUUUGUUUUUUUUUUUCUCCUUUUUUUGGGGGGGAUUCUGUCCUGCAUUUUGAUUUGAUUUUAGCAGCAUUUAUACUCAUCCCUUUGGCUUCAGUUCUCAAUUCUGGAGUAUUUUUCUUUCCUCUUUUCCGAUUCCCUGUUAUGCAUUACACAGACAGUAUGUUAGGGAAAUAAUUUAUAUGUUGAUGAUGUAAAUACUAUCUACUUUUCUUUCUUUCUUUCUUUUUUUUUAUGUAACAUGGCACUGUCAUAACUUGGCAGUGCAGAUGAGUGGUAGAGUCGUUGGUAGUUUAAUGCAGUGUGACGUGCACACACACACACACACUCACACUCACAGGGCCAGCUGACUACCGUACACCUAUUUUGGACUGAUGUGCUGUCUAGCUCCACCGCUCAGGUUCCCGUGCGCUCCUUAAUGCGGACACGGCCCCCAUUUAUUUUUCCCCAGGUCGUACUCUCCUUGAGUGCCGGGCCGAGAGCCUCUUCUCAGUCCAUAGUGGGCAGCCAUUAUCUCCACGCUAUGCGGAGCCCCCUUCGCCUUGGACACGCCAGGAGGCUCUUGCCAUGUGACAGUUUUGCCACGCCAAGUGUUCAGAGACUCUUGAUGGCGAUGACAGUGAUGAUGACUGCUUUGGCUAGCACUCAUCCCCCUCUGGUUUACACUGUAGUGCAACCUUUAUCAAAAGUCAGUGAGUUAGGAGUAUUUUUGAUUGUGAAUAAUAAGGGAAAGCUAGCAACAUCACGAAGAAGCUGCUAUUCUUUGUUUGUUUUUUUUGUUUUUUUUGUCAGCCUUCUUUGGAUGGCCAUUUCCUCGGCGUGUAAAAGUGAGUUUUUUUACGCUGAUCACAAUGAGAAUGGAACACUUGCUCUACCUCUUACUCCUUCACUCUAUUUGACACCUUUUCAUUGGGUGUGACCGACAAACUUGAACUAUGGAAAGACAAAAAAAUAAAUAAAGGCUUUAUUGUUCAGUA